CCCAGGGCUCCUGCUCUUUCCUUUCCAGCCAGUGAGCGGGGGAGGCCAGGCCGCCCCAAGGCCUGACCAGCUGCCACAGCCCCUCGCGGAGGGUGGAGGGAUGGCUCCUUGACCUUCCGUUGAGUCAGCUGUCAGCCGCUGGGGCAGCCACCCCUGGGCAUGGCCUAUCAGCGCCCUUCGGGGCCUGGGGAGGUGGGGCCCCGGGGGCCUAUCACAGCUUGCUUCCCACUGUCCCUGCCAAUCAGGAGCAACAGGGAGGGGAGCUUAGGUCACCCUGCGAUGUGGCCCCAAGGGCAGCCCCGGGCUGGUGCAUGGUGAAAGGGCACGACAGUGGCCGCUCUGAGCCGAGGUGUCCCAGGGCCCUCCGAAGGCCCGGAGCUGCCCUACCCUGGCCCCCGGCACCCCAACCCAGAGGCUCUGGCCCCCACCACUUGCUGACUGGGACCAACGUCCAAGCAGGGCUCCUGUGGCCUGCGGUCUGUGGUUGCCAGCGCAGGAGGGGUUCCCCUCCCCCAUAAGGCCAGGAUUCUAUAGAGGCCUGGCCCAGUUACCUGGGAGACGGGCCGCUGGCCCACGCUAAGAUGGGGGGCCUGAGAGGGCUCGGCCUUGGCAGAGCCCUGCUGGGGUAAAUCUCCAGGGGCCCAGCUCCAGUUCCCUGGGGCUUUGGCUCUGCCCAGCCCUGCCAACCCCUUCAGGCACUCAGCGCACCUCCCCCCAACGCCCAGGCCCUCAGAGUUUCUUGAACCUUCUGUCCAUCCCUCCCCCUAUGAAGGUCUCCUGCUCCCCUGUCAUGGGGACACUGGGCGGGUGCUGGGCGUCACCCCAAGCCCCGCCUGCCUCCUCCUGUGCUCCCUAUGGCUCCCUGGGGCAGAACUGUGCCCGGACGGUGGGGCGGGGCCCAGCAGCCCGGCUGCUUCUUCAGCCCUUCCUGUCCCUUUCAGUGGGGCCAGCAGCCUGCUGCGAGGAGGGUGCCCUCUACCCUGAGCGCCCUUCCCCUGCUCCCUGUUCCCAGCCCUGGCCCACUGAGUCUGGACUCAGCACCCCUUAGUCCCACUUCUGGAUCCUGCCGUCACCUGACCUUCCUGCCUGGUCUGAGUAGGAUCAUGGCCUUGAGGGCAGGUGACCAGGUUGCAAUGAACGGGCUGAAGGAGAAGGUGCUGACGCUGGACACCAUGAACCCAUGUGUGCGGAGGGUGGAGUAUGCCGUGCGCGGUCCCAUUGUGCUGCGUGCCCUCGAGCUGGAGCAGGAGCUGCGCCAGGGAGUGAAGAAGCCCUUCACUGAGGUCGUCCGCGCCAACAUCGGGGAUGCACAGGCCAUGGGGCAGAAGCCCAUCACCUUCCUGCGUCAGGUCCUGGCCCUCUGCGUCCAUCCGGAUCUCCUGAACAGCCCGGACUUCCCAGAGGAUGCCAAGAAGAAGGCGGAGCGCAUCUUGCAGGCAUGUGGGGGACACAGCCUGGGGGCCUACAGUGUCAGCUCCGGCAUCCAGCUGAUCCGCGAGGAUGUGGCUGAGUACAUCAAGCGGCGGGACGGAGGCAUUCCCUCGGACCCCAACAACAUCUACCUGUCCACCGGGGCCAGCGACGCCAUCGUGACGGUGCUGAAGCUGCUGGUGGUCGGAGAGGGCCCCACCCGCACGGGGGUUCUCAUCCCCAUCCCGCAGUACCCGCUGUACUCGGCUGCCCUGGCCGAGCUCAACGCUGUGCAGGUGGACUACUACCUGGAUGAGGAGCGCACCUGGGCACUAGACGUGGCCGAGCUGCGGCGCGCCCUGUACCAGGCGCGGGCUCACUGCCGCCCCCGCGCACUGUGCGUUAUCAACCCUGGCAACCCCACCGGGCAGGUGCAAGCCCGCGAGUGCAUCGAGGCCGUGAUUCGCUUUGCCUUUGAGGAGCGCCUCUUCCUGAUGGCCGAUGAGGUGUACCAGGACAACGUGUACGCCGAGGGCUCGCAGUUCCACUCGUUCAAGAAGGUGCUCACGGAGAUGGGGCCGCCGUACGCGACGCAACAGGAGCUCGCCUCCUUCCACUCGGUGUCCAAGGGCUACAUGGGAGAGUGCGGCUUCCGCGGCGGCUACGUGGAGGUGGUGAACAUGGACCCCGCGGUGCAGCGGCAGAUGCAGAAGCUGAUGAGUGUGCGGCUGUGCCCGCCCGUGCCCGGCCAGGUCCUGCUCAGCACCGUGGUCAGCCCGCCCGCACCAAGCGACCCCUCCUUCGCGCAGUUCCAGGCUGAGAGGCAGGCGGUGCUGGCGGAGCUGGCCGCGAAGGCGAAGCUCACUGAGCAGGUGUUCAACGAGUCCCCGGGCAUCCGAUGCAACCCGGUGCAGGGCGCCAUGUACUCCUUCCCUCGUGUGCAGCUGCCCCGCGCCGUGCAGCGCGCUCAGGAGCUGAGCCUGGCCCCGGACAUGUUCUUCUGCAUGCGCCUCCUGGAGGAGACCGGCAUCUGCGUGGUGCCCGGCAGCGGCUUCGGGCAGAGGGAAGGCACCUACCACUUCCGGAUGACCAUUUUGCCCCCCAUGGAGAAGCUGCGGCCUCUGCUGGAGAAGCUGAGCCAGUUCCACGCCAAGUUCACCCGAGAGUACUCCUGAGGCACCCCCCCCCUUCCGGGCCAGGCUUGGCCGGCAGGGCCGACUCUGGACUUAGGAUGGCCGGGGCCCUGGGGGUCUCUGCAGCCCCCUGGACUUGCUCCUGCUGCCUGUGGGGCUGGGCCCCAGCCUUCCUGCGCGCCCCUAAUAAAGCUACGAGGCAGCCUGACCACUCAGAGGCUGUGUGCA